UUGGUCAUACGAACAGUCAGUUGGCCACUCGCGAAUGGAACGUUUGGCUUCGCAACAUAUAAUCACAAAACACACCCCUUCGUGGUUUGUGAUUGGAAGUUUACUUUAGGGACUGAAAAUUUCCAUAAAUGGUUACGAUUCAGGCGACAUGAUUUGUUGACAAAGAUGGCAAUCAACGAUCUUGAAACGAACAACGUGUCCGCCCCAUUUGAUUGUUUCAUAUUUUGAUUAAUUAGAUAUGGCGCGGUACACGUCAAUACGAGUGUAGCUAUUUUAAUUGAAUGGAUGAAAUAAUUGUGCGAUUUCUGCAGCUAGCUGUAACUAGCGAGGUUAUUCAAGUGAAAAAGAGAUAGCAUCGCUGUGCUACAUCCCUUUCAUCGCUAAUUAUUGUCUUAGGAAGCUGACAACAGGGUACAGUGUGCAGGGGCUAGUUAGCUAGCGAGGCUUCUACAAUUUAGCUAGUAUAGUUAAUGAAAGAAUACAGGGAGAAUUCGAUCCCUGGAAAUCCAGCUGCAAGUCUGGAUCACAUCAAGCCAUGUUGGUACUGGGACAAGAAGGACCUGGCUCACACACCCUCCCAGUCCGAGGGCCUGGACCCGGCCACCGAGGCCCGGUACCGAAGAGAGGGGGCUCGAUUCAUCUUCGACGUGGGCACGCGCCUGGGACUACACUAUGACACGUUGGCUACAGGGAUCAUAUACUUCCAUCGCUUCUACAUGUUUCAUUCCUUCAAGCAGUUCCCCAGAUAUGUGACUGGGGGUUGCUGUCUAUUCCUGGCCGGUAAAGUGGAAGAGACCCCAAAGAAAUGUAAAGACAUUAUCAAGACGGCUCGCAGCCUGCUGAAUGACAUACAGUUCGCCCAGUUUGGAGAUGACCCAAAGGAGGAGGUGAUGGUGCUGGAGAGGAUCCUGCUGCAGACCAUUAAAUUCGACCUGCAGGUGGAGCACCCAUACCAGUUCCUGCUCCGCUAUGCCAAGCAGCUCAAAGGUGAUAAGAACAAAGUCCAGAAGCUAGUUCAGAUGGCCUGGACCUUUGUGAAUGACAGCUUGUGCACCAUGCUGUCCCUACAGUGGGAACCAGAGAUCAUAGCUGUAGCAGUCAUGUACCUGGCCGGCCGGCUGUGUAAGUUUGACAUCCAGGAGUGGACGUCCAAGCAGUCUUCACGGCGAUGGUGGGAACAGUUUGUCCAGGAUGUCCCAGUGGAGCUGCUGGAAGACAUCUGCCACCAGAUCCUAGACCUGUACUCCCAGGGCAAGCAGCAGAUGCCCCAGACCCCCAGCGAUAAGACCCCGCCUAUCCCCGUCCCAACCCCUACCCCUCAGCAGCUGCAGGCCCUCUCCCAGCCCCCGCUCCCCAGCCCCCCUGUCGCGCCACCACUCAGCAAGAAGGUCUCGCCCCAGACCAGCCCUCCUCGCCAGCUCAAACGAGCCCACGUAUCGUCUCCUAAAGAAGAAAGCCAGGCACCUGAGCCAGUGGGCUCUAAGAUCCCCAGGCUGGAGCCUCCCAUGCCCCCUCUACCCACAUCACAACCCCCCUCAGACCGCAAGCCUCCAGCCUCCCACCCCUCCGCCCCUCUCCCAGGAGAGACAGACCCAACUGGGGCAGGAGGCCCAGCGGAGCCCCCUAAAGGACCUCCACCUCCCCCCCACUCAGCCUCCCUCCACCAGCCUCCCCCGCUCCCCACCCACCCCCCUCCACCGCCCCCGUCCAGCUACAUCAUGGGCAUCCCCACCUCCAGCUCCUACAUGUCAGGAGAGGGUUUCCAGAGCCUCCAGUCGAUGAUGAAGACAGAGGGGCCGUCCUACAGCAAUCCCCCAUCCUAUGGCCCUCCCCUGGCCUACCACAGCCACGUCUCCCCUAAUGCCCCGCCGCCUGGUCCUCCACUUUCCGCCUCCUACCCUCCACCCAACCUCCCUCCACCUUCCCCCGCCUACCCCCCGCCGGGGUACAACCACAGCUACCCUCCCCCCCCCCCUCAUUGCAUGCCCCCCGGACACGGGGAAUACCCGCCUGUGAUGGGCAUCCCUCCCAGCAACUAUCCCCCACCCCCUGGAGGACAGGGCCAGGUACCCCCUCCGCUGCCCCCUGGCAUGCCCCCCAUCGGUGGCAUGAGUCAGGGGGCGUGGAUGAGGUGAUGGGGGUGAGACUGGAUGUGCCAAACCAACACUAGUCCUAUUACAGCAGACAGGAGUCUCCAGUGUUACUGACAGACAGCUUUAGUGAUGGGGAACACAGUUAACGCAAGGCCAGUUGGGGAGACCGGCCUCAUGUCCUCCCUGUAGUUUUCUGAAGCUGUCAUCUUACGGUUGCAAAAUUUAAGUACUGUUCUCAGGUCAUCCAGAAAUCCUGGUUGGAACAUUCCUGGAAUCGUAAGGAAUAACCAGGAAAUCUGGACUCCAACCUAGAUUUCUGGAAACCCUGGGAAUUUGGGGAACGUUACCAGAAUUUUGCAACCCUACAUCUCCAACAAGCCAAACAGCACAGCCACACCUCAUCAAGAACCAACCAUUAACUUCCAUUGCACAAGUUAGUUAACGUGAAAUACAUAAUGUGGUGUGUUUGUUGUACUAUGGCUGUUUUUAUAUUAGCCUUUUUAGUAACAUGUUUGUCAUUUUUUUUAUAUGAACUUUUAGGUUAGCUUGCUGUACAAAUGUAGGAAAGAAUGGUCGGACCAAAAAGGAAAAUGGCAGCUCCACUCUAACCAUUCCAUGGCUUGGAUGUACAGUAUCUUCCACAUGCAUUCCUUUCUGUUUGAAACACACUACUAAACCAGUAUUAUAUUCUAAUGUCAAUGAAUAGUCUACCAUUGUAGCAUUGUGCAUGGACUGGAACAUAAAGACACACUUGCAUGAUGCACACACAGGACAAACACACACAAGAAACUCACACACUUUAAAUAAACACACCUUUUUAUUGGUGUUUGGACGUUUUAUGUUUUGUUGUUGAAGAAAAGUAUGUUUAAUGCUUGCACAUUCUUAGGGGAAAAAAGGUGUGAUCUAAAACCUAAAAUGAUUAUUUGGCUGUCCCCAUUGAAGAACCAUUUUUGGCUCCAGGUAGAACACUUUUGGGUUCCAUGUAGAACCCUUUUCACAGAGAGUUCUACCUGGAACCAAAAGGGUUCUGCAAUGGGGACAGCCAUGGAAUCCUUUUGAAAACCUUUUUUCUAAGAGUGCAGCACUGCCAUGAAUUAAUGGUUUAAAAUUACUUUUGUAAAUGUUGAAGUUGUCUUUUCAUUAUACCUUGUGAACUUCCAUUGUUACUUAGUUUGUUUGUAAUAUGUGAAACGUUACUCUAAGCAAAGUUACUUGGCAUUAAACAUUAGUUUUUUUCUAAAGUUGUUCAUUUAUUUUUUCAAUGUGUGACAAUAAAAAUAUACAAAAAUAA